CAUUCCCCAUUUUCCCUUAUCCGAAGAACGGCUCCUCUCUUUCCUCUCUCUAAAACCCCUCACGCAGACAGCGGCCAUGGCGAUGGCGUCGCCGCCAGCCUGCUCGCUCCUCCUCCCGUCCACCGCCGCAAUGUCCUACGCAUCCACCUACGCUACUGGCCUACGGGCACCCAGCUUCCUCGCCUCCCCACGUGCUGUCGCAGCGCGCCGGCCCCUUCCCACGGCUUCCUCUCCUAAGGCCGCGGCCCCCGCCGCCGUCGAGAUCCCAGAGGAGUACGCGGAUGAUAUUGAAGCGGUGAACAUUGCGCUGGACGUCACUCAGCUAAUUGGAAAAACCCCAAUGGUAUAUCUAAAUAAUGUUGUUGAAGGUUGUGUCUCUAAUAUCGCUGCAAAGCUUGAGUACAUGGGACCUUGCCGAAGCGUCAAAGAUAGGAUUGGAUUAAGCAUGAUUAAUGAUGCCGAAGAGAAAGGGUUAAUUUCUCCAAAUAAGACCAUUUUGGUAGAACCAACUACUGGGAAUACUGGCAUAGGCCUAGCUUCAGUAGCUGCUGCUAGAGGAUACAAACUGAUAGCAACUAUGCCUUCAUCAAUAGAUGUUGAGAGACGCAUUCUUCUACGCGCAUUUGGAGCGGAGAUUGUGUUAACUGAUCCUGCAACGGGACUAAAAGGAGCUCUAGAUAAAGCUGAGGAAAUAGCUUCAAAGACACCAAAUGCGUACAUGUUUCAGCAAUUCAACAAUUCAGCUAACAGUGAGAUCCACUUUCAAACCACAGGCCCAGAAAUAUGGGAGGACACACUGGGUACUGUUGACAUACUUGUUGCAAGCAUCGGGACAGGUGGUACUAUUACUGGCACUGGGCGUUAUUUGAAAAUGAUGAACAAAGAUAUUAAGGUCAUCGGUGUAGAACCUGCUGAAACUAGUGUAAUUUCUGGUGACAGCCCAGGUUAUAUUCCAAGCAUUUUAGAUGUUCAGCUGCUUGAUGAGGUCGUUAAGGUUACCACUGCAGAGGCAGUUGAUGUUGCAAGGCAACUUGCACUAAAAGAGGGAUUGCUGGUUGGCAUAUCAUCAGGUGCUGCAGCUGUUGCUGCUAUGAACGUGGCCAAAAGACCUGAAAAUGCUGGAAAGCUUAUUGUGGUUAUUUUCCCCAGCUUUGGAGAGAGAUAUAUAUCUAGCAUUUUAUUCCGUCCGAUAUAUAACUCAGUUCGAAGAAUGAGGAAGAGAUGACUAGCUUCUUCCACUCCAAGAGAGACAAACGCUAUCAUGUGUAAACCUGACAGGCUUCCACGGACAACAAACAUUGAAGCUUCUGAAGUUUUGAAAUGACAAGUCCUUGGUUGAUGGCUAGAUGCAUUAAGCAGCGUCUGAAGUUUUGAAAUGCUCUCGCCAAAAGCAUUGGUCAUAGCAGUUUGAAAUUCUGCGCAGUUGCUGGCAGGUGGGCUGCAGGCCUGCACCUUGGUUACAGGAAAACCCUAGCAAAGAUGACGUGGGAACUUACUGCACAUCCAUAGAUGCUGCAGUUCGCUUAGGAUCUUUCUUCGGGUAGUCUAGGGCCUGGAACAAGACAGAGUUGUAACAGUAUGAUAUUUCGGCGAUCUAUAAAAUGUCUGAACCUGUUCUUCUAUUCGUUUUUAGGAAACUGAAUUUGUUUUUCUCAUUUAGCAUUUUAUGAUCUCCA